AUGUCACUGGGGUCUUCAACGCCGAUUCUUUCGUAUAAAAAACGACCUCAGGGGCAUGAUGAUCGGGACCCGCAAUUGGCGUCCAGGCUGCCUCGUAUAAGCACGCAGUCGAUAUCAAGUUCAGUUCCUGGAUCGUCUCCCUCAGCGCCUGGUACACCAACAUUUGGAGGUUCGGCGAGAAAAGUGUCAUCAAGAAGAAAAGCUCUUCAAGAUUUCUAUAAAUUAAAUCAUGAAGAUGAUCUGAAAGCAUCGAGUGCAGAACCAGAGGGAGACAAGGAGAGAUUUAGGCUGACAGGAACAGACGAGAGUGAAGCAAAAGAGCAAGUUUCGCAGGCGAGAGAGCUCAAUAGUCCCGAGGAAAUCGAUGCCUUCAUCAAAAGUGCCACUGUAACAGAGCUUUUGAGAAUUCGCAAUCAGGCAAGUGGAAAGCUUAACUUUCACGAUUCAGAGAAAAAGUCUAUAAUAUAUGAUAAUUACUACGAACUCAUCAAGCUCAAUCAGAUCCUUAGUGACUUGAGUGGCCAAGAGAAGAAGAAGUCGGUUUUAGACGAGGACGAGAAGAAGAACAAUAUCAUCACUGAGGACCAGCUCAAUCAUGUGAUGGGAGAACUUACAAGUUUUCUCGACCACACAGCAUCAAAAUUUAACAAGGAGUUUACAGAGGUCGUCAGUGGCUUCACCGUAGAGGCCAAGCGGUCCGAGUCCCUAUCCAGUAUCACAGGCAUCAAAGGUACCGACUCGUGA